AUGCGACAUCGCCUAUCGCAAUUUGAUGAUGGUAGCGAAGUAAGGAGUCGACCGAAACGAACAGUGCACGGAACUAUACCUUUGAAUACAGUCACACCUAGUGAGGUGAAACUAGAUGAUCAACGAUGCGAUAGCCCAAUCAGUUGUUGUGUUAGUCAUCGUUCAUCAAUCAGCAUGGAUUCGGGAUGCAUUUCGGUAUCAUCUGACCCAAGAAAGUUAUCUGUAGAGGAGCGAUGCAAGCAGCUCGAGGAAAGCCCAACAAAUGAUGGACACCACCGAAUUGUUGCGACAGCAAUUGAGAGUACAACGGCAUUACGUUGUCCUGAAACAAAACGAUAUCCAAGGAAUUGUCAACGACCAAAAUCGAUGUGUUGUGCAGCAUUUCCUGACGAAAGCAACACUCUUUUGGUGGAUUCUCGUUCAUUUUCACAAAUUACUCCACCACCAAUUCAUCGCAACUUUACAGCUGUUACACGCUGUGAAAGUUUACAAGUGAGAAUUAAUCUCCCAAUCAUUGGCUGUACAUAUAAAAUCGUCAAAGACCUGCCGAUGUCACCAGUUCGAGUUGCCGUCGGUCAAUCUCCUAUGUUACAAACAAAACCAACAUUGUACAUUUCUCAAGAACCGUCAUCUCCUCCUCAUACCCGCAUUCGUAAUCCACAGAAACCGUCACAAAUGGAGUCAUGUCUUCUUCCAAAAGCUGAACCUCAGCAGUCUGUAUUCCAUGCGAGCCGUGUUUUUGUCGAGCGAUCACCGCGUGAUACCCGUCAAAGAGUGGAAUCGAUGGAGAAGGUUGAUUCAGACGAGGACAGCACUCACGUUGCACAGCCAGCAAUUGUAGUUAGCAGGUAUUAA